GUAAACUUGACAUGAGUGAUCUGUCAUCACUAUAACAGUGUCAACGUCAACUAAACGAGAAUUCAGUUUAGCGCAGUUUGAGGAAGAAAAAUAAAAAUCCAUUGCUAUCUGCGAAGGUUCUAAUUGAGAUUAACUAUGGACUGGAGGACGGUUUUAAUGACGCUGGCGUUACUGUACCACGUUGAUGGCUUCUCAAAAUAUGGUAGAACAUGCAGGGAUAUCGGAUGUCUUAACAGCGAAGUUUGUGUGUUAGCUGAAGAUCCCUGUUCGUUCGGGCAUACCUCAAACUGUGGAACAUAUCCUACCUGCAAGAAAAAGUCUCAAGUGGAAGGAACCCAUUCGGAUCCGGUUCAACCCAAACCCAAACCACCACAAACACCGACAAGAGACUUUGACUCGGCGCCAAACUACCCUGCUCCCUCACCGCCCCUAUCUUCCAAUGGGCAUGGUAGUAAUUCACCAUAUGGUGGUAACUCACCAUAUGGUGAUAGCUCACAUUACGGAGGAAGCUCACCAUACGGCGGAAAUUCACCAUACGGUGGUAGUUCAGCCGGUGGAGGCGGCUCGCCAUAUGGGGGUAACAAUAACCCAAGCUCCCACUUCGGCGGAGGUUCCCCAUACGGAGAUAGGUCCCCAUACGGCGGUAGCUCUCCAUAUGGCAGCUCUUCCAAUAGAGGAGGCAAUCCCCCAUACGGCGGGUCCAGCAGCGGCUCCCUUGGCGGUUUUGGAUCGAAUGGCAAAAGCCCCAUUGAUAGUAUAUUGAACACAAUUAACAGCUUCGCAAACGGACAAGGCGGAGCUUCUGGAGGUCAAGGUUCCAUAGGAAAUAUCUUGGGAAAUAUUCUAGGUAAUUUUUCUAAGAACGGAGGACUGAGCAGCGUUUUCAACACGAGACCCAUUAUGGAAAAUCCAAACUACUCGUCGUAUACUUCAAAUUCGAGGAGUUCUAAUGCCCAAACUUAUCCAUCAGGAAACCAGCCCGGUUAUCAGGCGCCAAACCAAAAUAAGAAUUACGGACAAAACUAUGCCCACCGCAGUGGAGCCACAACAAACAAACCAGUGUCUUAUGGCUGGAACAUCGGGUAAAUUUUAAACUCGUUAUACACGUUAUAAUCUUAGUGGUGUGGCUUCACUUGGUGUUACUUUAUUUAAUGCGAAGCAUGUACUCUGCUUGAUCUUUAAUUUAUGCAAAUAAUUAACUAAGCUAUCGCUGUAUAAUCUUUCCACAAUCUUAUUUCUAGAACACGCUUUACGAAUAUUAUUAACGCAAUUUUACUUGAUCGUUACUGAAAAUAUUUGGUGAAUAUUUUUCUGUACCAAAAAUGGGAAGAAUCUGAUAAAAAAUGUACUAAUCUCUAUUGACAUAUUUUUAUUAAUCCAGUGAUGUAAUAUUGUUAAUCUUCUGCCAUUAAUUUACACCUGUUCUGACAUAAGAUGCAAUAAAUAACCAACUCCAAUAGGCAUGCUUUAUACCGUUAGAAGCUGGUAGGAUCAUAGUGAAUUAUAAUUAAUUUAAGCUUUAUUAUUUUAAUUUAGUCACAAGCAUUUUAUAUUUUAUAGAUUAAGAAUAAAUGUAUAUACACAGCAAUAGAACACUGUAGAAUGUGUUGUUUAGUUGCUACAUAUAAAUACUCCACUUUUAAUGUUAUUAACGUACUCAGGAUUUUUGAGAUUUUAUUAUUUUU